CUCCACUUUGAAAAUUCCCCAGUCAUGGUUAGUGGUUCAUCACAACAUGGAAGCAAACUCACAUUCAUUUAAAUUGAGUGUAAAUCAMAAMRCCAUUAGUUAGGUAUUUAUUUGAGUUGCACAUUUCAGCAACAAGACAGUUCAAAGUGGUUUACACCAUAAAAACAUAAAACAGUCACCAAAUAUGACACAAACUUUACAGUUUGUCAAAUGCCAUCAAACUUUGGAGCAGUGACAAAUAAUUUGUCUUUUUCUGGUUAWCAGGUCUCAUAUUUCCAGGAUGGUGGGGGAAGGAUUUACAGGUUUUAGUUGUUAAGUUAAGAAGUUUAAUUACCGGGAAGAUAACUUGCCACAUAAACCCGUCCUAGUUCUUGUAAAAGGUGAUUCCAAGAAUAUUUCAUCUCAUUUWUUCACAGCCUUUCCUUUUUCCUUCCACUUAACAGGUUUCCUCAUUUCAGUAAAAGCAGACUGCAUAGUUGGUGCUCGGAAACAAAAUGUGUGUAAAAGAAGCCGAAGUGCAAAGAAAGACCUUUGAAAAGUCUGGAGAACAGCUGAUUAAAAUUGCCUUAAAAUCCUAGGAAUGUCUGGCUGUUUCUCAGAAGAGCUUGCUUUUACUGGUUCCAAAUCUUCAAGGUGUCAAGGAAAGUGUGUCUUAUUAGAAAAAAAUAAAAAGAAUCUGCAGUUUUGAGUUUGAUAAUUGAAAAAUGAAAUAGAGAAUCAGUUCGUUCACAUUGACCUUCCUUACCUCUGGCAGAUUCACAUGGAAGAUCAUUUUAUUUCAUCCAGGAAGUUUGCAUGCAUUUGAAAGAAAUACAUCAUUAAAAACUGGCAUGUUAUAAAUAAUAAUCAGUGGGAAAAUGAUUGACUUUACAUGAAUUAAACCCUUACUGUUGCCAAGCAGCUUGUUGCGUAUUUCCAUUGCGACAGAGACAUUUUAUCUCUGUUGAUCAGCUCCAGGUUUUUGAGGAAGGCCCCCUUACCAACAUCCUCAUCCUUUGAUCCACAGAUUAGAUUAAAAUCUGGGCUAUGCUAGUAUUUCAGUUUUACGUAGACAGUAACAAGAAGGUUGGAACAUUUUAAAGACAAUAGCUAAUAGCAUUCAAAGUUUUCAUAAAUAUACAUUUGAAAAGUURYAUUURGAUUCAGCCCUUUAUUUUCAUCUUUUGAAAUGUUGUAAACACAUAUCCAGAUAAGCCAACGAAUAUUUACAUCUUUAGCAAACAACACCGUAAUGUGUKUUUUGUUUUAUGGGACUACAGAUGGAAAUUAGCAUUUUUGCAAAAUCUGAUAUACUGUAGCAUCAGAUAAAACCAAUUAAAUUCAAUAAGUCACAUUAAGAUUUUUACUGAGGCUUUAUGAAAUACAAAAGAAAUUAAGGCCAGUGAAGCYGCCCUCCUCCUUUCUGUUGUUUUUGUUGCUUCAUAACUUCCAYACCCACUGGCUCCACCCGGGAAGUUCCACUGACAUCAUCAGGAAGAUGAGUCCUUUAAAGGGCCUCCUCUCUGAUUGGUGGCCAUUCAACAACCAAACUGCUCUUGCUGCUGCUGGAACACACAAACAUCAACAUCAUGGCUUUACUUGUUUCUGAUGAUCAGAACCGCCGAAGGAUCAAGGAAGUUGAGAACUCCUUCGGUCCCUCAGCGCCAAAGCUUUUCACACCAGGUCGAUUUCUGAAAGGAGAGGGCCCCCUGAUGAAGCAGGGCCGCAAGAAGUGGGAUCAGAAAAUGUUCUUCCUCUUCAACGAUAUCCUGGUGUACAGCAGCAUCAUCAUGAACAACCGCUGGUACAAGAACCCCAAGAUCAUCYCGUUAAAGGACAUSAAGCUGGAGGACAUGGAGGACUUUGACGAUGUGAAGCACCAGUGGCUGAUCUGCACACCUCGCAAGUCCUUCCACGUGUCGGCCUCCUCCGACGAGGAGAAGAAAGCCUGGAUGCAGCAYGUCGAGGCCUGBCAGCAGACCCUGCUGCAGGAGCCGGUCCUCCAAACAAAGACAACCUACGCCAAAUCCUGGAUCCCCGACCGAGUCGCUCAGAAGUGCAUGCGCUGCCUCACCACGUUCACCGCCAUCAACCGGCGACAUCACUGCAGAAAGUGCGGCUUCGUGGUGUGYARCGCGUGCUCCAAGGGCCGRGCCCUCAUCCAGCACAUCAACCCCWVCAAACCGCUGAGGAUCUGCAAAGUCUGCAACAAAACGGAGGAUGACAAGAACUUCCGGCUGAGGGGAGRCAGCUCCGGUUUGUGGGAUGAUUCAGAAGAAACAUCCAGUGAUGAAGAGUGAACACUGACCAAUCCUCCCGUAGUAACCAAAUUGUAGGUUGACAUUGACUUGGUGUGACAGAAACCUAAAGUCACUUGUCCCCCUCCUCUGGAGAAAAUGUAUCCAUUAAAUGGUACGGAGUUGAUAUUCAGAGAGAAUCUGAAUCCCUGCUGUCCCUCACCAGAGCAGGUGAGGGAGAGGAAGGACACCUGUCAGCCGUCACCUGAGUUUAACUUGAUUGUGUUGAUAAGACCUGCUGGACUGGAGGAGAGCAACGCAACCGCUACAGUGUUGGACUCUUGAUCUGCUAAGAUCAGAUGGAAAUAAAGAAGCUGCUGUAGAAGACAGAAAGUCAUAAAGUAUUUGAAAAGUAAAUAAUGGAAUUAUUGUAAUAUAUGUAUAUGUAAUUUUAUCUUUGUGCUCAAACUGUAGUGUUUUGUAUUUAUGUGAAGUAUGUUUUCAUUCAUGCUUACUGUUAAGCAACUUGUCAAACCGCUG